CCUAACCUAGAUAAAGCGUGACGUUUAAGUAAAUAAAAGUGAAACACGUGUUGGCUGUUUAUUGUGAUUAAAGAUUAAUUAUAGUUUAAAAAAUGGGUAAAAAUAAGAAAACAAGGAAAGUUGUGCUGCAGAGGUUUGCAAAAAUGAAAAAAAUGAUAAGUCUAAGUGAUUCACGUAUAAAAAAAGAAAAAAGAGCUGCGCCGGCAAAACAAAAAAAAGAGGAUCCAACUGCGCUAAAAAUCAAAGAAGUACCCCAAGUGUCAUCAGCGCUGUUCUUUGAGUACAAUACACAACUGGGCCCGCCGUACAGGAUCCUGAUAGAUACUAACUUUAUUAAUUUUUCUGUUAAAAACAAACUGGACAUAAUUGAGAACAUGAUGGGUUGUCUGUAUGCAAAGUGUAUUCCCUAUGUGACAGAUUGCAUAGUCGCUGAAUUGGAAAAACUCGGCAGGAAGUACAGCAUUGCACUGAAGCUGAUAAAGGACCCGCGGUUUGAAAGACUGAGGUGUUCGCACAAAGGUACCUAUGCCGAUGACUGUCUGGUACAGCGGGUGACGGCACACAAGUGCUUUAUCGUCGCUACCAAUGAUAAAGAUCUGAAGCAGAGGAUCAGGAAAAUUCCCGGUGUCCCGAUUAUGUACGUCGCUCAGCAUCGCUACACCAUCGAACGUAUGCCAGAUGCCUACGGAGCUCCGCGGAAAUAAUUUAGUUAUAUUUUAUAGUUAUAGUUUUGUAAUUAAGAUACAAUAUACACUUUUAUAAAUAUUAA